CUUUAGUUUAAAGAAACCAGACCAAAGACCCUUAUCUCACGAACCUCAAGAAUUUGCAUGAUAAAUAAAUACUCUGUAGCAAAUAUAGAUAUAUUAUAGGACAGGAUAUAGCAACUACCGAAGAUCCAUCAUCACCAUGGCCUCACAAGCAGUGCAAUUGCGUGUUGAAGACAGUCAAGUGGUUAUGGAUAAUGGCAUACUGCAAGUGUAUUUAUCAAAUCCAGGUGGAUUUGUUACUGGAAUACAAUAUAAUGGCAUUGAUAAUCUGCUUGAAACUCUUAACGAGAAGGAUAAUAGAGGGUAUUGGGACGUUGUUUGGAGUGAAGCCGGAAGUACGGGAACAACUGGGACAUUUGAACGGAUUGUAGGAACAAGUUUUAAUGUUAUAAUGGAAAACGAGGAACAGGUUGAAAUCUCAUUCACAAGAAAGUGGGAUCCAUCUCUGAAGGGAAAGAGAGCACCUCUAAAUAUUGACAAAAGGUAUGUGAUGCUUCGUAAUUCCGCAGGAUUCUACUCGUACGCCAUCUUUGAACACUUACAAGAGUGGCCUGCUUUCAACAUACCUCAAAUAAGGAUUGUUUACAAGCUACGAAAAGACAAGUUUCAUUAUAUGGCCGUGUCGGAUGAUAGACAAAGAUUUAUGCCUCUCCCGGACGACAGAUUACCGGGAAGAGGAAAAGAACUAGUUCCGCCGGAGGCAGUUUUGCUAGUUAAUCCAGUGGAACCAGAGUUUAAGGGAGAGGUGGAUGACAAGUACCAAUAUUCAAGUGAGAACAAAGAUCUAAUGGUUCAUGGGUGGAUAAGUUCACAAUCCGAAGAUGAUCCAGCCAUGGGGUUAUGGGUAAUCUUACCCAGCAAUGAGUUUCGAUCAGGUGGCCCAGUUAAACAGAACCUUACUUCCCACGUAGGCCCAAUAAGCCUGGCGAUGUUUCUUAGUGCUCACUACGCAGGAGAGGAUAUAGUUUUGAAACUCCAGCCUAAUGAACCCUGGAAGAAAGUUUUUGGGCCAACUUUUGUUUAUCUCAACAGUUUGUUAAAUGGCGAUGACCCGUUAGAGCUCUGGGAGGACGCCAAAAAUCAGAUGAAGGAGGAGGUUCAAAGUUGGCCCUAUGAUUUUCCAGCUUCAGAAGAUUUUCAAAAGUCUAGCCAGCGGGGGAGUUUGUGUGGCACAUUACUAGUUCGAGACAGGUGUGUAAGUGACGAGAACAUAAUAGCAGAAGGCGCAUACGUAGGGCUGGCAACACCAGGAGAAGCUGGAUCCUGGCAAAGAGAAUGCAAGGGAUACCAAUUUUGGACUAGAGCAAACGAGGAAGGGUACUUCUCAAUCGAUAAUAUACGCAGUGGGGAUUACAAUCUCUAUGCAUGGGUUCCAGGUUUCAUUGGAGAGUAUUGGAAUAAUGUUGUCCUCACCAUAACACCAGGUUGUGAAAUAAACCUUGGUGACAUUAUUUUUGAGCCACCAAGAGAUGGCCCAACAUUAUGGGAAAUAGGCAUUCCUGAUCGCUCUGCUGCUGGAUUCUAUGUUCCUGAUCCUAAUCCCAAAUACAUUAACAAGCUCUUUGUCAACCAUCCAGACAACAAGUUUAGGCAAUAUGGUUUGUGGGAAAGAUAUGCAGAGUUAUACCCAAAUGAAGAUUUAAUUUAUACAGUGGGUGUCAGUGACUACACAAAAGAUUGGUUCUUUGCACAUGUCCCCAGGAAGCAAGAAGAUGGCAGUUACCAAGGAACUACUUGGCAAAUUAAGUUCAACCUCGAUGACGUGGAGGCAAGUAACAUCUACAGAUUAAGAUUGGCACUUGCAAGUGCAAAUAUCUCUGAAUUACAGGUUAGAGUGAAUGAUCCAAAACAAGAUCCUCCUCUGUUCACUACGGGAGUGAUUGGGAAGGACAAUGCAAUAGCUAGACAUGGAAUUCAUGGACUCUACUGGCUAUUCAGCAUUGAUGUGCCUGGUCUUCUGCUAGAGAAAAGCGUUAAUAUUAUAUUUCUAACACAAACUAUGGCUAGUGGCCCCUUGGCCCUCUUCCAGGGGAUAAUGUAUGACUAUAUUCGUCUAGAAGGUCCUAACCCUUUUCCUCACCAAAAAAUACAUUAAAUUUGUUUAUUCAAUAUGAACCUGCUCCUACUUACAAACACCUUCUACAAUUAAAUAUCUAUCAUCGUGUUUUCUUGUA